AUGUUGUCACUGGGGACGCUGCGUAAACGCAUCGAGCCGGUGGUUUUAUGUGCCCAAAUGGCCAGCGCGUUUUUCGACACCAGCUUGCAGAUGGUGGUCAAGGAGCGAUGCGCCAACGCGACGGAUGCGCUCUAUCCCACCCCCACGGAAGACAGCCGGCAGAAAGCUAUGUCCAACUUCUACAUGAUAUAUAAUAUGCUGGCCAAGUUCGUUCCGAUCCUACCCGCUAUUAUUUUAGCUAAGGUAAGUCGAUACUUUGUUUUAAUCCUGGAUAUUUUUUUAUAUAGCCUGUUGUACUUAAAUGGCAACUUUGUGUGUUUUAAAUAUGUCUAAUAAAAUGCAUUCAUUCAUGAAUUCAUUCGUUCACUCAUCCAUCCAUCCAUCCAAGGUAGGGGACCUGGGGUACCGGAAGAUCCCCAUCGUGAUCCCUCUGGUGGGUUACCUGGUCUCCAGAGUGAUCCUACUCCUGGUUAUAGUGAUGGAGCUCCCGAUAGAAGCUAUGUUCGGCGGGGUCGUGGUCCACGGACUCAGCGGCGGGUUCUGCUCCUACUGGGCCGGAGUCAUGGCCCUGGUGUCGCUCACCUCCACCGAGAAGGACCGCUCUCUCCACAUGAUGCACAUCGAGCUGGUCUACGGAGUAGCCGGUCUCAUCGGUAGCCUAGCGUCUGGGCACCUCUUCCAGUUAUACAAUGUGGACUUUAAACAAGGGACUGUGUUAGUGAGCCUGAGCGUCUUCCUCUACUUGGUGUGUCUUAUCUACACAACGUUCGUUGUCCAAAUGCCAAGCGUCUCGACAUGCGUGCAAGAGCGCAACGAGACCAGUGGCAUCAUCACUGAGCAAUAUUCCAGGAAUAUUUUGAACAUUCUGCUUCUCUUCGCGAGCGGUAUCUUAUAUGACGUGGCCGUCGGAGGUGGGAUGGAGAUCCUGGUGACCUUUGAGAUGAAGGAGCCCCUGAACUGGAGUGCUACACAGGUGAGUUGAAAUGCAUUUUAUUUUGGGUAAAACAUAUUACAUGAUUAGUCCUGAUUACAUCAAACAAGAUGUGCAUUUGUAGCCUGGAUACCUCCCAUCAUGCCACUCCUUGCCCUGUCAUGCAAAACAUGUUUGACAAGGAGUUCGAAUGACAGCACAAACAGAGAUCUAAGACAAGGCUAGUACAUUUGGUCCCAGAGGAUACAACAUUAAUUAAAACACCCAUUUCCAAACCAGAGCCCUUAUUUCAGAGUUGUGACUUGUGAGAAUUAACUCUUGUAAUAGAGGGCUCUGGUUAAACCAAUCACAUCAACAGGUGGGUUACGGUAACGCCGCCGGGUUCACGAUCUUCCUGACGAGCUUCCUGGGUGUCAUGGCAAUGUCCAGGUGGGUGAGUGAUGUCACCCUCAUCAUCAUCGGCAUGGUGUCCUUCGCUGCCGGGAUCUACUUCAUGGCCUUCGUCACGGCAACAUACAUGUUCUAUCUGGGUAAGAUGAUACGAUAAUUUAUUCCUUAUCAGAGUGUAAUUACAUUUGUAAGUACCGUAGCCUAUAACUUAUGAUAGAUUUAUGAGUAAUGUACUUUGCCCAAGCAAAUCUAACUGCACAUUUUAUUUUAGUUCAAACCAGAUUGAAACAAGUACAGUGACCACCUCAUCAUGAGCACAGUAUUCCGGAUAGUAGCUCAUAUCCAGCUUAAGGUCUUAUUCGGGAUAAGCUGUUUACAUGCACCUUUGAUAUCCUGCUCACGAAUAUCCCUGCAAUCAAUGAAUAAACAGAAUAUUCCUCAUUUAAAUUCACAUGGGUUAAACUGAAUAGUAACUGAAACAUGGACUCUGACUGUAGGCCUAUAACCUCUCACAUGUAGCAUGAUGUACAGUGAGGGAAAAAAAGUAUUUGAUCCCCUGCUGAUUUUGUACGUUUGCCCACUGACAAAGAAAUGAUCAGUCUAUAUUUUUAAUGGUAGGUUUAUUUGAACAGUGAGAGACAGAAUAACAACAAAAAAAUCCAGAAAAAAAGCAUGUCAGAAAUGUUAUAUUGAUUUGCAUUUUAAUGAGGGAAAUAAGUAUUUGACCCCUCUGCAAAACCUAGACUUGGUGCUCCGGUACCGCUUGCCGUGCGGUAGCAGAGAGAACAGUCUAUGACUUUGGUGGCUGGAGUCUUUGACAAUUUUUAGGGCCUUCCUCUGACACCGCCUGGUAUAGAGGUCCUGGAUGGCAGGAAGCUUGGCCCCAGUGAUGUACUGGGCCGUACGCACUACCCACUGUAGUGCCUUGCGGUCGGAGGCUGAGCAGUUGCCAUACCAGGCGGUGAUGUAACCAGGCAGGAUGCUCUCGAAGGUGCAGCUGUAUAACUGUUUUGUCUCGGGAACAGUGGAGAAAUAUGAUUUCUUUCAGCAUUUCUUGAGAAAAUGUGAAUGCGCGUGUAAUGUGUUAUCUUUGACACUGUUAUGCAAGCAGACAGUAUUUCAACCACAUAUAAUACGCACCCAAGACUGAAGUCUUAUCAGAAACGUGUUUUAUCGUUUUCUCAGGUUUUCAUUUCCUUAAAACUGGUCAAACUGAUGACAUUUGGACAUUUUGUACAGGACCAAUCUUUCCACAAUUUUGGAGUUAUUGCAUUUUCCCCCGGUCCCUAAAGGAAACAGACAACUUUACGGGUGUUAACUAGAUUACUAAUGUAUUCAUUCUAUCAAUGUAGGACAUUUUUCUGCUGAGCACUACUUUAUUUAGUCUUCUGGGGCAACACGUUAUGACAGAAGAGAAGCUGCAUGUAUCUAACUAUACAGUAGUUGACAAACAAAUGUCCUACCAAAUGUUGGAAAUUCUACGCAGAAGCUUAGGGUUGAAAGUAGGAAAUAGACCAAAUAGUCCCAGUAAGGAAUAUCAGCUAAAUAAAUUAUUAUGGAAGCGGCACAGGAAGCCUACUUUUUGAAUUGAUAUGUUUGACAAUCAGAUGAAAACAUCAUCACACAACACCCAUGAUAUGUGAAACCGAGUCUGCGCAGACCGCGAAAAACAACAGUAAAUAAAAAGUAGCGAUAAGAUGUUUACCUGCCACAGUAUCCCGUCUAAGAUCAGCAUAUCCCAGGCAUCUUAUCCAGGUUUCUCAUCACCAGGAUACAAGCUUUUUAAAAUGAUUGUAAACAGGAUAUGAUGUUUAUAUGCGUCAACUCAAAAACAGAAUACUUUAGUAUCCCAAAUAAUAACGGGAUAUCGGUGUGCAUGGAAACCUCCCCAUGCCGUAACUAACUCUCCAUGCAGUAACUAACUCUCCAUGCAGUAACCAAGUCUAUAUGCAAUAACUAACUCUCCAUGCAGUAACUAACUCUCCAUGCAGUAACUAACUCUCCAUGCAGUAACUAACUCUCCAUGCAGUAACUAACUAUCCAUGCAGUAACUAACUAUCCAUGCAGUAACUAACUCUCCAUAGAGUAACUAACUCUCCAUAGAGUAACUAACUCUCCAUGCAGUAACUAACUCUCCAUAGAGUAACUAACUCUCCAUGCAGUAACUAACUCUCCAUGCAGUAACUAACUCUCCAUGCAGUAACUAACUCUCCAUAGAGUAACUAACUCUCCAUGCAGUAACUAACUCUCCAUGCAGUAACUAACUCUCCAUGCAGUAACCAAGUCUAUAUGCAAUAACUAACUCUCCAUGCAGUAACUAACUCUCCAUGCAGUAACCAAGUCUAUAUGCAAUAACUAACUCUCCAUGCAGUAACUAACUCUCCAUGCAGUAACUAACUCUCCAUGCAGUAACUAACUCUCCAUGCAGUAACUAACUCUCCAUGCAGUAACUGACUCUCCAUGCAGUAACCAAGUCUAUAUGCAAUAACUAACUCUCCAUGCAGUAACUAACUCUCCAUGCAGUAACCAAGUCUAUAUGCAAUAACUAACUCUCCAUGCAGUAACUAACUCUCCAUGCAGUAACUAACUCUCCAUGCAGUAACUAACUCUCCAUAGAGUAACUAACUCUCCAUGCAGUAACUAACUCUCCAUAGAGUAACUAACUCUCCAUGCAGUAACUAACUCUCCAUGCAGUAACUAACUCUCCAUGCAGUAACUAACUCUCCAUGCAGUAACUAACUCUCCAUGCAGUAACUAACUCUCCAUAGAGUAACUAACUCUCCAUGCAGUAACUAACUCUCCAUGCAGUAACUAACUCUCCAUGCAGUAACUAACUCUCCAUGCAGUAACUAACUCUCCAUGCCGUAACUAACUCUCCAUGCAGUAACUAACUCUCCAUAGAGUAACUAACUCUCCAUGCAGUAACCAAGUCUAUAUGCAGUAACUAAGUCUAUAUGCAGUAACUAACUCUCCAUAAAGUAACUAAGUAAUUCAUUUGGCAUGAGGAAGGAGGCCGGCUAAACUAAAUUCAGGCCAUCACACAGUGUAGCAUGGUGCGGGGUGAGUGGGACUUUAAUGCAGCAGUGUGAAGAUAAGACUUGAUUUUAAAUAAAUAAGGUCUCGCUGCCUUUUAAAAUAUACUAUCAGACAUCCUCUGCUAUGUUUCAGCUUCUCGUUUCUGGCAGGGUUUACAGGUUGUGUAAACCAAUGGUGUGUAUAUAUGUGUGUGUGAGAAGAGGUGGGGGGCACACAAUGCAUUCUGACCACACCCAUAUCUCGUUAUUAUUUGGGAUACUCAAGUAUUCUGUUAGUUACUACAUGGAGAGUUAGUUACUGCAUGGAGAGUUAGUUACUGCAUGGAGAGUUAGUUACUCUAUGGAGAGUUAGUUACUGCAUGGAGAGUUAGUUACUGCAUGGAGAGUUAGUUACUCUACGGAGAGUUAGUUACUCUACGGAGAGUUAGUUACUGCAUGGAGAGUUAGUUACUGCAUGAAGAGUUAGUUACUGCAUGGAGAGUUAGUUACGGCAUGGGGAGUUAGUUACGGCAUGGAGAGUUAGUUACUGCAUGGAGAGUUAGUUACUGCAUGGAGAGUUAGUUACUGCAUGGAGAGUUAGUUACCGCAUAUAGACUUGGUUACUGCAUGGAGAGUUAGUUACUCUAUGGAGAGUUAGUUACGGCAUGGAGAGUUAGUUACUACAUGGAGAGUUAGUUACUCUAUGGAGAGUUAGUUACUGCAUGGAGAGUUAGUUACUGCAUGGAGAGUUAGUUACUCUAUGGAGAGUUAGUUACGGCAUGGAGAGUUAGUUACUACAUGGAGAGUUAGUUACUCUAUGGAGAGUUAGUUACUGCAUGGAGAGUUAGUUACUGCAUGGAGAGUUAGUUACUGCAUGGAGAGUUAGUUACUGCAUGGAGACCUAGUUACUGCAUGGAGAGUUAGUUACUGCAUAUAGACUUGGUUACUGCAUGGAGAGUUAGUUACUGCAUGGGGAGUUAGUUACUGCAUGGGGAGUUAGUUACUGCAUGGGGAGUUAGUUACUGCAUGGAGACCUAGUUACUGCAUGGAGAGUUAGUUACUGCAUAUAGACUUGGUUACUGCAUGGAGAGUUAGUUACUGCAUGGGGAGUUAGUUACUGCAUGGGGAGUUAGUUACCGCAUGGAGAGUUAGUUACUGCAUGGAGAGUUAGUUACUCUAUGGAGAGUUAGUUACGGCAUGGAGAGUUAGUUACUACAUGGAGAGUUAGUUACGGCAUGGAGAGUUAGUUACUGCAUGGAGAGUUAGUUACGGCAUGGAGAGUUAGUUACUGCAUGGAGAGUUAGUUACUCUAUAGAGAGUUAGUUACUGCAUGGAGAGUUAGUUACUGCAUGGAGAGUUAGUUACUCUAUAGAGAGUUAGUUACUGCAUGGAGAGUUAGUUACUGCAUGGAGAGUUAGUUACUGCAUGGAGAGUUAGUUACUGCAUGGAGAGUUAGUUACUGCAUAUAGACUUGGUUACUGCAUGGAGAGUUAGUUACUGCAUGGGGAGUUAGUUACUGCAUGGGGAGUUAGUUACUGCAUAUAGACUUAGUUACUGAAUGGAAAGUUACAGUGAGAGUAAAAAGUAUUUGAUCCCCUGCUGAUUUUGUACGUUUGCCCACUGACAAAGAAAUUAUCAGUCUAUAAUUUUAAUGGUAGGUUUAUUUUAACAGUGAGACAGAAUAACAACAAAUAAAUCCAGAAAAACACAUGUCAAAAAUUUUAUAAAUUGAUUUGCAUUUUAAUAAAGGGAAAUAGGUAUUUGACCCCUCUGCAAAACAUGACUUAGUACUUGGUGGCAAAACCCUUGUUGGCAAUCACAGAGGUCAGACGUUUCUUGUAGUUGGCCACCAGGUUUGCACACAUCUCAGGAGGGAUUUUGUCCCACUCCUCAUAUGUACCGUCAAAUCUUGGGUGAGAACCUCCUUCCCUCAGCCAGGGCAUUGAAAAUGGGUCGUGGAUGGGUAUUCCAGCAUGACAAUGACCCAAAACACACGACCAAGGCAACAAAGGAGUGGCUCAAGAAGAAGCACAUUAAGGUCCUGGAGUGGCCUAGCCAGUCUCCAGACCUUAAUCCCAUAGAAAAUCUGUGGAGGGAGCUGAAGGUUUGAGUUGCCAAACGUCAGCCUCGAAACCUUAAUGACUUGGAGAAGAUCUGCAAAGAGGAGUGGGACAAAAUCCCUCCUGAGAUGUGUGCAAACCUUGUGGCCAACUACAAGAAACGUCUGACCUCUGAUUGCCAACAAGGGUUUUGCCACCAAGUACUAAGUCAUGUUUUGCAGAGGGGUCAAAUACUUAUUUCCCUCAUUAAAAUGCAAAUCAAUUUAUAACAUUUUUUAAAUGCGUUUUUCUGGAUUAAUUUGUUGUUAUUCUGUCUCUCACUGUUCAAAUAAACCUACCAUUAAAAUUAUAGACUGAUAAUUUCUUUGUCAGUGGGCAAACGUACAAAAUCAGCAGGGGAGCAAAUACUUUUUUUCCCCUCACUGUAUAUACUGCAUAGAGAUUUACUGGAAACACUAGAGUAGAAGGGGGACUCCCCUAUUGACUAGUCUCAACAUAAUUGUGGUUAGACCUCCUACACACACACAUUCACUGCUUUCUUACAAAAUCACACAGGAGACAGAAUAGAACAAAGCAGAAUACAAUAGAUUAUAAACGUAUUCUGCUGGAACGGUGCACCCGAUCUCGUCUGCAACCCCUUCACUUGAACUGUUUUGUUGUUGUUGUAUUCACACCCUUCCUUUCCAUGUGUGUUUCAGCUCGAGCCCUCGGUCUGUUUUCUCUGAUUCCCAUGCCGACCAUCCGUGCUCUGCUGUCGAAACAGGUGAAAGGCUCAUCGUAUGGUGAGUGCUGCAGUGCCUGUCUGUCUCUCAACCAUAACAGCGGCUGUGUGUAUCGAGCGGCUCAAAAGUAGGUGUGCUGAUUUAGGAUCAGUUUCGCCUUUUAGAUGAAUAUGAUUACACGGACAGUGGCGAACUAGCCUAACAUCUAGACCUGCUAACAUUCCAGUCCUUGCCACUCCUUGUCAUAAUAUGGAGUCAAAUGUUAGCACAAACAGACUGGUACCCAGGCUAGGGGAAUGUUAGCACAAAGAGACUGAUACCCAGGCUAGGGGAAUGUUAGCACAAAGAGACUGAUACCCAGGCUAGGGGAACGUUAGCACAAACAGACUGAUACCCAGGCUAGGGGAACGUUAGCACAAACAGACUGAUACCCAGGCUAGGGGAAUGUUAGCACAAAGAGACUGAUACCCAGGCUAGGGGAACGUUAGCACAAACAGACUGAUACCCAGGCUAGGGGAACGUUAGCACAAACAGACUAGUACCCAGGCUAGGGGAACGUUAGCACAAACAGACUGAUACCCAGGCUAGGGGAACGUUAGCACAAACAGACUGAUACCCAGGCUAGGGGAAUGUUAGCACAAAGAGACUGAUACCCAGGCUAGGGGAACGUUAGCACAAACAGACUGAUACCCAGGCUAGGGGAAUGUUAGCACAAACAGACUGGUACCCAGGCUAGGGGAAUGUUAGCACAAACAGACUAGUACUCAGGCUAGGGGAAUGUUAGCACAAACAGACUGGUACCCAGGCUAGGGGAAUGUUAGCACAAACAGACUAGUACCCAGGCUAGGGGAACGUUAGCACAAACAGACUGGUACCCAGGCUAGGGGAAUGUUAGCACAAAGAGACUGAUACCCAGGCUAGGGGAACGUUAGCACAAACAGACUGAUACCCAGGCUAGGGGAACGUUAGCACAAACAGACUGGUACCCAGGCUAGGGGAACGUUAGCACAAACAGACUGAUACCCAGGCUAGGGGAACGUUAGCACAAACAGACUGAUACCCAGGCUAGGGGAACGUUAGCACAAAGAGACUGGUACCCAGGCUAGGGGAGGGGGACUGAUCCGAGAUCAGCACUCCUUCUCUGAGACGCUUGAUGAUCUUUAUACUGUGUGUGCAAUAGAAAUCCACAGUAUCCCAAUCCUCUGAAGGAGACUUACUGACGUUUCCAUUGAUCACAUAUGCACCCAUGUGAUAUUCACUCACAUCUGCUAUUACACAACGCAGUUGACUAGUCAUUGCUUCUAUUCACUUUCUGGGGCCUGCAACGUAGGCUGAACGCAAAUAAUGAAUGACAAUGCAUUCCCUAAUAACACAAAGCACACACAUUCAGGCAGGGUCAUGUUAGGGUGAAAUCAGUUGGGUAGAUUAUGGUCAUGUUAGGGUGAAAUCAGUCGGGUACAUUUCACAAACCGGAAAUCUCAAUUUCUAACAAGCAUCUGACCAAAUUACGCUAAAUUUUAGUUCUGGCUUAACCGAGAUUAGGUUUGGUCAUAUCUGUUUUGCAUGGCAAAUGGAACCCCAUUCCCAAUAUAAUACACUACUAACCCUUUCAUAAUACACUACUAACCCUUUCAUAAUAUACUACUAACCCUUUCAUAAUACACUACUAACCCUUUCAUAAUACACUACUAACCUACUAACCCUUUCAUAAGAUACUACUAACCCUUGCAGAAUAGACUGACAACCCUUUCAUAAUACACACUAACCCGUCAUAAUACACUACUAUCCCGUUCAUAAUACACUACUAACCCUUUCAUAAUAUACUACUAUCCCUUUCAUAAUAUACUACUAACCCUUUCAUAAUACACUACUAACCCUUUCAUAAUACACUACUAACCCUUUCAUAAUAUACUACUAUCCCUUUCAUAAUAUACUACUAACCCUUUCAUAAUACACUACUAACCCUUUCAUAAUACACUAUAAUAUAAUAAUAAUAUGCCAUUUAGCAGACGCUUUUAUCCAAAGCGACUUACAGUCAUGCGUGCAUAAAUUUUUGUGUAUGGGUGGUCCCGGGGAUCGAACCCACUACCUUGGCGUUACAAGCGCCGUGCUCUACCAGCUGAGCUACAGAGGACCACUCACUACUAACCCUUUCAUAAUAUACUACUAACCCUUUCAUAAUACACUACUAACCCUUUCAUAAUACACUACUAACCCUUUCAUAAUACACUACUAACCCUUUCAUAGUAUACUACUAACCCUUUCAUAAUACACUACUAACCCUUUCAUAAUACACUACUAACCCUUUCAUAGUAUACUACUAACCCUUUCAUAAUAUACUACUAACCCUUUCAUAAUAUACUACUAACCCUUUCAUAAUACACUACUAACCCUUUCAUAAUACACUACUAACCCUUUCAUAUCUGUAGGGAUUAAGGUGCCUUUUGAGUCUCACCCCUGUUCUCACUAAGUAAAUAACUUUAACAAAGCUUUCAUUAGUAUGUGGUUGAACCAGAACGGACACACUGGUGAUUCACUUCCCUGUUCUACUGUGAGGUGGUAAAGAGGAAGUUACUGGCACGCAGACAAGUCAAGCUGUUGCUCACCACCACAGCAUGAAUAGAUGUUCUUUCUGACAACAUCUUUAGCUACUCGUCUUGAACUGAUCUGACUAGCUUGUUCAUCCAGUUCUGGUCCCUUUAAAAGUUGUAUUAUAAACACUCCAUCCCAAAUGGCACCCAAUUCCCUAUGUAGUACACUACGUUUGACCAGAGCCCUAUGGGUUAAGUGCACUACAUAGGGAAUAGGGUGCCAUUUGGGAUGACUCACUGUCUUAUGACCCUCUCAAUGAUAUUUAUACAGACAGAAUGGCUUUCUGUUUAUAAGAAAUGAAUCAACUUGGAAGCGAGAGAAAAUAGGAAAUGUAUUUUACCCAAUGACAUAUCCCUUCACCAAGCUGCUUGCUUGACCAACAGUGUGUGGAGUAAUAGCACCCUCUAGUGGAUCAAAACCAAAUAUACCCAAGAUCGUUCCACUUUAUAAAAAAAAAAUAUAUAUUUUAUUUUAUUUCACCUUUAUUUAACCAGGUAAGCCAGUUGAGAACAAGUUCUCAUUUACAACUGCGACCUGGCCAAGAUAAAGCAAAGCAGUGCGAUAAAAACAACAACACAGAGUUACAUAUGGGGUAAAACAAAACAUAAAGUCAAAAAUACAACAGAAAAUAUAUAUACAGUGUGUGCAAAUGUAGCAAGUUAUGGAGGUAAGGCAAUAAAUAGGCUAUAGUGCAAAAUAAUUACAAUUAGUAUUAACACUGGAAUGAUAGAUGUGCAAGAGAUGAUGUGCAAAUAGAGAUACUGGGGUGCAAAUGAGCAAAAUAAAUAACAAUAUGGGGAUGAGGUAGUUGGGUGGGAUAAUUUCAGAUGGGCUGUGUACAGGUGCAGUGAUCGGUAAGGUGCUCUGACAACUGAUGCUUAAAGUUAGUGAGGGAGAUAAGAGUCUCCAGCUUCAGAGAUUUAUGCAAUUUGUUCCAGUCAUUGGCAGCAGAGAACUGGAAGGAAUGGCGGCCAAAGGAGGUGUUGGCUUUGGGGAUGACCAGAGAGAUAUACCUGCUGGAGCGCAUACUACGGGUGGGUGCUACUAUGGUGACCAAUGAGCUAAGAUAAGGCGGGGAUUUGCCUAGCAGAGAUUUAUAGAUGGCCUGGAGCCAGUGGGUUUGACGACGAACAUGUAGUGAGGACCAGCCAACAAGAGCGUACAGGUCACAGUGGUGGGUAGUAUAUGGGGCUUUGGUGACAAAACGGAUGGCACUGUGAUAGACUACAUCCAAUUUGCUGAGUAGAGUGUUGGAGUCUAUUUUGUAAAUGACAUCGCCGAAGUCAAGGAUCGGUAGGAUAGUCAGUUUUACGAGGGCAUGUUUGGCAGCAUGAGUGAAGGAGGCUUUGUUGCGAAAUAGGAAACCGAUUAUAGAUUUAACUUUGGAUUGGAGAUUCUUAAUGUGAGUCUGGAAGGAGAGUUUACAGUCUAACCAGACACCUAGGUAUUUGUAGUUGUCCACAUACUCUAGGUCAGACCCAUCGAGAGUAGUGAUUCUAGUCGGGUGGGCGGGUGCCAGCAGCGUUCGAUUGAAGAGCAUGCAUUUAGUUUUACUAGUGUUUAAGAGCAGUUGGAGGCUAUUGAAGGAGUGUUGUAUGGCAUUGAAGCUCGUUUGGAGGUUUGUUAACACAGUGUCCAAUGAAGGGCCAGAUGUAUACAAAAUGGUGUCGUCUGCGUAGAGGUGGAUCUGAGAGUCACCAGCAGCAAGAGCGACAUCAUUGAUAUACACAGAGAAAAGAGUCGGCCCAAGAAUUGAACCCUGUGGCACCCCCAUAGAGACUGCCAGAGGUCCAGACAACAGGCCCUCCGAUUUGACACAUUGAACUCUAUCUGAGAAGUAGUUGGUGAACCAGGCGAGGCAGUCAUUUGAGAAACCAAGGCUAUUUAGUCUGUCAAUAAGAAUGCGGUGGUUGACAGAGUUGAAAGCCUUGGCCAGGUCGAUGAAGACGGCUGCACAGUACUGUCUAUUAUCAAUCGCGGUUAUAAUAUCGUUUAGGACCUUGAGCGUGGCUGAAGUGCACCCAUGACCAGCUCGGAAACCGGAUUGCAUAGCGGAGAAGGUACGGUGGGAUUCGAAAUGGUCGGUGAUCUGUUUGUUAACUUGGCUUUCAAAAACUUUCGAAAGGCAGGGCAGGAUGGAUAUUUGUCUGUAACAGUUUAGAUCUAGAGUGUCACCCCCUUUGAAGAGGGGGAUGACCGCGGCAGCUUUCCAAUCUCUGGGGAUCUCAGACGUUACGAAAGAGAGGUUGAACAGGCUAGUAAUAGGGGUUGCGACAAUUUCGGCGGCUAGUUUUAGAAAGAAAGGGUCCAGAUUGUCUAGCCCAGAUGAUUUGUGGGGGUCCAGAUUUUGCAGCUCUUUCAGAACAUCAGCUGUCUGGAUUUGUGUGAAGGAGAAGCAGGGGGGGCAUGGGCAAGUUGCAGCGGAGGGUGCAGAGCUGGUGGCCGGGGUAGUGGUAGCCAGGUGGAAAGCAUGGCCAGCCGUAGCAAAAUGCUUGUUGAAAUUCUCGAUUAUUGUAGAUUUAUCGGUGGUGAUAGUGUUUCCUAGCCUCAGUGCAGUGGGCAGCUGGGAGGAAGUGCUCUUAUUCUCCAUGGACUUUACAGUGUUUAUGAUACAAGUACCAAACUUGGUACACUAAUACUAGAUCCCUUAACGAACAUUUAAAAGAUUGGAGGCAGUUUGGGAAUCAUGUCAGUCAACCAGCCAUUUGAAUAAAAUGGCUGCCAUCCGGAUUUCCCAUGGCAGUGCUGCCAUUAAAGUUUUUCUUUAAAAUGUAAAAAUAAACAUGUCUCUAACCCCCUCCAACCCCCUCCAACCCCCACACCACACACUAACAAACUGAAAUCAUAUGUGUGUACAUUGUAGGCUCAAUUGGUGAGAGGUCUCAAAUGUCACAUUAAUUUGUAUAUACAGUGCAUUCGGAAAGUAUUUUGUUACGUUACAGCUUUAAUCUAAAAUGGAUGAAAUAAAUAAAAAUCCUCAACAAUCUACACACAAUACCCCAUACUGACAAAGCAAAAACAGGUUUUUAGAAAUAUUUGCAAAUGUAUUAAACAUAAAAAAACUGAAAUAUCACAUUUACAUAAGUAUUCAGACCCUUUAUUCAGUACUUUGUUGAAGCACCUUUGGCAGCGAUUACAGCCUCGAGUCUUCUUGAGUAUGACGCUACAAGCUUGGCACACCUGUAUUUGGGGAGUUUCUCCCAUUCCUCUCUGCAGAUCCUCUCAAGCUCUGUCAGGUUGGAUGGGGAGCAUUGCUGCACAGCUAUUUUCAGGUCUCUCCAGAGAUGUUCGAUCGGGUUCAAGUCCGGGCUCUGGUUGGGCAAUUCAAGGACAUUCAGAGACUUGGCCCGAAGCCACUCCUGCGUUGUCAUGGCUGUGUGCCUAGGGUCGUUGUCCUGUUGGAAGGUGAACCUUCGCCCCAGUCUGAGGUGCUGAGCGCUCUGGAGCAGGUUUUCAUCAAGGAUCUCUCUGUACUUUGCUCCGUUCAUCUUUCCCUCGAUCCUGACUAGUCUCCCAGUUCCUGCCGCUGAAAAACAUCCCCACAGCAUGAUGCUGCCACCACCAUGCUUCACCGUAGGGAUGGUACCAGGUUUCCUCCAGAUGUGACGCUUGGCAUUCAGGCCAAAGAGUUCAAUCUUGGUUUCAUCAGACCAGAGAAUCUUGUUUCUCAUGGUCUGAGAGUCCUUUAGGUGCCUUUUGGCAAACUCCAAGCGGGCUGUCAUGUGCUUUUUAGUGUGGAGUGGCUUCCGUCUGGCCACUCUACCAUAGGAAGUGUCUCGGUGGUUCCAAACUUCUUCCAUUUAAGAAUGAUGAAGGCCACUGUGUUCUUGGGGACCUUCAAUGCUGCAGAAAUGUUUAGGUACCCUUCCCCAGAUCUGUGCCUCGACACAAUCCUGUCGUCUCUGAGCUCUACGGACAAUUCCUUUGACCUCAUGGCUUGGUUUUUGUUCUGACAUGCACUGUCAACUGUGGAACCUUAUAUAGACAGGUGUGUGCCUUUCCAAAUCAUGUCCAAUCAAUUGAAUUUACCACAGGUGGACUCUAAUCAAGUUGUAGAAACAUCUCAAGGAUGAUCAAUGGAAACAGGAUGCACCUGAGCUCAAUUUCGAGUCUCAUAGCAAAGGGUCUGAAUACUUAUGAAAUUAGUUAUUUCUGUUUUUUAUUUGUAAUACAUUUGCAAACAUUUCUACAAACCUGUUUUUGCUUUGUCAUUAUGGGGCAUUGUGUGUAGAUUGAGGACAUUUUUUUAUUUAAUCAAUUUUAGAAUAAGGCUGUAAUGUAACAAAAUGUGAUAAAAGGGAAGGGGUCUGAAUACUUUCUGAAUGCACUGUAUCCACUGUAUAUGUGAAUUGUGGCAAAGUUGGUUCCUGUCUUGGACACAUUCGCGUGGGUGAAACAAAUCAAAUCAAAUAAAAAAACCACCGUAAUGAUUGGUUGACAAUAGGGCCUCCCAUAGUGCAGCCGGUGAAACGUAACUGCAGAAACUUUCAGUCGACUGCGGUGAAAACAUCAUGACCUUUGGCAGAAGUCAGACAAUUUAUAUCCCAAUAAUGCAACACAUUUUGAAAGGCGGUGACAUUUUGCGGCCAUUGACAUGUAAUUUGUUCUUCACAGGGAUCACCCUCAUCUCACUGCAGCUGUCCUUUAAGAUGGCCAGCCUGGUCUAUACCCCCGUCUACACCAAGGUUUACCAGGCUACGCUGGACUGGUUCCCUGGGUUCGUCUUCACCCUGUCCAGCAUCAUCACCGUCCUGGCCACCAUACCUGUCAGGUAAGACAUCAUCAGUCCUGGCCACCAUACCUGUCAGGUAAGACAUCAUCAGUCCUGGCCACCAUACCUGUCAGGUAUGACAUCAUCAGUCCUGGCCACCAUACCUGUCAGGUAAGACAUCAUCAGUCCUGGCCACCAUACCUGUCAGGUAUGACAUCAUCAGUCCUGGCCACCAUACCUGUCAGGUAUGACAUCAUCAGUCCUGGCCACCAUACCUGUCAGGUAUGACUUCAUCAGUCCUGGCCACCAUACCUGUCAGGUAUGACAUCAUCAGUCCUGGCCACCAUACCUGUCAGGUAUGACAUCAUCAGUCCUGGCCACCAUACCUGUCAGGUAUGACAUCAUCAGUCCUGGCCACCAUACCUGUCAGGUAAGUGAGGAAACAAACAACACCUCAAGGGUUUUACCUGCUGUUACUAAAGCAGGGACGCUAUUGGUUUAAAAUGAUUCAAAAACUAAGAGUAACACUAACAUUUAGAAGUAGGUACUACUAACCAAACAUGUAAAUUGUGUCAAUGAAAUUGCAUGGAUAUACUUUGUCUACUGACUUGUGGUCCUCUGUAGCUCAGCUGGUAGAGCAUGGUGCUUGUAACGCCAGGGUAGUGGGUUCGAUCCCCGGGACCACCCAUACACAAAAAUUUAUGCACACAUGACUGUAAGUCGCUUUGGAUAAAAGCGUCUGCUAAAUGGCAUAUUAUAUUAUUAUUAUUAUUAUUAUUAUUAUUAGUAAGACAUUACAUCAUCAGUCCUGGCCACCAUACCUGACAGGUAUGGUGGCCAGGACUGAUGAUGUCAUGUCUCUUACCUUUUUAUUUUACUUAUUAUUUAACUAGUUAAGAACAAAUUCUUAUUUACAAUGACGGCCUGCCCCGGCCAAACCCGGACGACGCUGGGCCAAUUGUGCGCUGCCCUAUGGGACUCCCAAUCACGGCCGGAUUGUGAUACAGCCUGGAACCGAACCAGGGGGUCUGUAGUGGGUCAGAGAUUUCCCAGUUCCCAGCUGUUUAGAACACGGCACCGGUACAGGGUUACAAAGAGUACAUCCAAUACUUGUUACACAGUGCAGGAAUAAUAACAGUAAUAAGGGCCCUGUGAUGUAAAGUGUCACCUCAUUUCCUUUGUAACGUGUUUUGUUCUCCUCCAGCAUGGUGGGCUGCAGAGCUGGCCGGGGUGACGGUUAUGAGAGGAUCCCGGGGAACUGACAGUGGUGACGAUCUAAUUGUGAGCGUGACGGCUUUGAGAUUGAGACAUGUUAAUGUCAUUGUAGAGCCAUCACAGGCCCUCUUGUCUCUGUGACACUUGAGCCGACAUCACCGCAGCACUUCCCAUGAAUGCAAUCUCUGCAAACGCAUUGUUGGUAGUGCAGUGCGCAACGCUGCAACACGUCUUUCAAUGAAUCCCAGGCCUGAGGCCAAUGAACAUGACCAGCUGACUGGCAGGGCUGAUACAGAGUGCUAUUGAAAACAUUCUCUAUAGCCCUCAAACUCUGGACCUCCAAGGCAGUUCCACUGCGUUUUUUCAUUGUUCCCCUUCACUGUGAAAGAACUCAGGUUAACCAGAGCUGAACUAACUUGAAAUACUUGACUGUCACUUUUUAAUACAUUAUUUUUGCAUUUUAACUAUUGUGUUCUUUAUUGUGUAUAUCAAAAGCACUUGAGUGAAC